GUGAACGCACUGCAGUCCGCCUGGGGGCUAGCGAACCCCGGAUGCGCCUGCGCAGGAAGUCGAGGCUCAGCGUGCGGGUGGGGUGCCCCUCGCGGGCAGGCACAGGAACCAGGUCGGAGGGCAGAGUCCGCGGAAGCGGCUCGGAGGCCAGGACGGCUGCCGACGUCUGGGUUGGCGAGGAGCUCUGGGGACCCGGCCCGGCCGGGUGCUCCCAGCCUCAUCCAACGCGAUCCUCACAGGAGAUGACCCCCAACGAGGUGCCUGCACCUACGUUCGGGGCGGGCCGGCAGGUUUUCUAUCAGAGGUACCACCAUAAUAAUGCUGUUUAAUUCUGAGUGCUCAAAGAAGCAUCCCCACAGAAACACAAUAAUACUGAUAACCCAAAUUUGCUUUGGGAACCAUGAAAAUUUUGCUCGUUUUUGACUUUGACAAUACAAUCAUAGAUGAUAAUAGUGACACCUGGAUUGUACAGUGUGCUCCAGAGAAAAAGCUUCCUAUUGAACUACAAGAUUCUUAUGAAAAAGGAUUUUGGACAGAAUUCAUGGGCAGAGUCUUUAAGUAUUUGGGAGAUGAAGGUGUAAGAGAAGAUGAAAUGAAAAGAGCAGUGACAUCAAUGCCGUUCACUCUGGGGAUGGUGGAACUUUUGAACUUUAUAAGGAAGAACAAGGAUAAAUUUGACUGCAUCAUUAUUUCAGAUUCCAAUUCAGUCUUCAUAGAUUGGGUUUUAGAAGCUGCCGGUUUUCAUGAUGUAUUUGAUAAAGUGUUUACAAAUCCAGCAGCUUUUGAUAGCAAUGGUCAUCUCACUGUGGAAAAUUACCAUGCUCAUUCUUGCAGUAGGUGCCCAAAAAAUCUUUGCAAAAACGUAGUUUUGGUAGAAUUUAUAGAUAAACAGUCACAGCAGGGAGUGAAUUAUACACGAAUUGUUUAUAUAGGUGAUGGUGGAAAUGAUGUCUGUCCAGUAACUUUUUUAAAGAAGAGUGAUGUUGCCAUGCCUCGGAAAGGAUAUACUUUACAGAAAACUCUUUCCAGGAUGUCUCAAAAUCUUGAACCCAUGGAAUCUUCUGUUGUAGUUUGGUCUUCAGGUGUUGAAAUAAUUUCUCACUUACAAUUUCUAAUAAAGGAGUAAUAUGCCAACAA